UCUCGCGUCAGUUCAAUGAAAAGAAGAAAUAAGUCAGAGGCUAUAAAGGAAUACUUGCAUAACGUAGACGAUAUCUUAUGUGACCGUGUGAAUGUCCAAGACGUCACGACCUCAUCACGAGCGUCUCUGCAAGUGCAAAGUUCAUCUGAACCUGGAAAGAAAACGUUUGUGAUUCGCGGCACACGAAAUCAAAUUCUUGAAGCUCUGCGAAUAAUUACUAUUGCGACUGGCGAAAUGGGCCACGUAUUGGAGAAAUCACAAAAGAAAUGGAUUGAGUGGGUUCAACAAGCAUUUCCUGACUUUGAAAAUCGUGCAUAUUUUGUUCCCCCUGUCUACAUUAGACGUGUGCCGACGAAAGAAAGAGAACAUGCAGGUCAGAAAGUUUUCAUGUUAACGUCAGAAGUAUCAGCAGACCUGCCGACUACACCUUCUGUACAGAAGAGUGACAUGUUGGAAGAUGAAGCCAUCCAGCGUGUGCUCUUUAGUCUCAAGGAAUUCUCUAAGCUACAUCCAGAAGUGUUUAUGUGUGUCAGUCAGUUUCCCUUCGGCUCGUAUCUUGGUGAGCCAUACUUUGCUCCGGCAGCUGCACAUCUUCCCUUACCGACUAACCUUCCCAAAGAGCUUCCCAUUAGCUGGAGACAAGGUGUCUUUGAUUUGCUGCUCAUUCACAGACAAUAUGGUUGUGUGAUAUUCGAGGUCAAGGCUGUGGGUUACAACACUUCAGUCUCAGAAAAAGAGCGAUGCGAACAAGUGGCAAAAAAACUUACACAGGCGAUACAACAGUUAGACAAAGCGGAAGCCAUGUUGUCACACCUGGUAUCAGACAUCGACCCCAACGUACGCAUCAAAAAAACAAUCGCCUGCCCAAACAUCGAAUCACGACAGCUACAAAAACUCAUAUCUGACAACAAACAAUUACAACAAGAUCUUUGUCGGUGUCUUCAAGUAAAAGAUUCCGCCAAUGUAAGCCGUGCAAUGCUUUGUUCUGAUCAUCUGUGCGACACUGAAGUGUCACAAAAUGCCGCUGAGAAUCUAAGGCAAUGGUGGGCAAAGUGUGUAGCUGGUCCAGGAAAUAAAAGUCCGUUGAGCAGUACUCUUGACGUGUACAAGAACUUAAUAGCCAGGUUUUGUGGACCAGCAUCAACGAUAACAGUGCCGUGUGUAACUGAGCCUCGUGUGUCCAUCAAAACUUGGGACCAGGCAGUGUCUUAUGUAGGAGAAUGUUACACUGCUCACAUGAUACUCUUCCCGGAACAAACUGAGCUGCUGAGCAGACCUCCCAAAAGAGCUUUCAUUGCUGGUCCUCCUGGCACGGGGAAAACUGUUGUGCUGUUCCUGAUGGCCACGGAGUGGUUACUGCAAGGAAAUACUGUCUACGUCCUGAGCAUAUGGGAGCGAAGUCUGGCAGCAACAUACAUGUUGUACCACAUGCUGCAGAAGAUAAUUAAAACCAAACUCAGAGACUUGGUCUUGCCUACACAAGUUCGCCUCUUACUGAAAAAUUUUAAGUUUAAGAAAGAUUUUGAGGCCACUCUAGACGAGUUCACAUUUCAGGCCAGAAACGGUCCACUGUACGUGAUCGCUGACGAAGUAGGACCUGAUCUACAGUCAGAAUAUGUGGCCUUCCCGGAGUUGAGUGAGAGACUGCUAGAUCACUUAGACGACCAAGAAGAAAAUCUGCACUUUUGGGCUGCAAGCUGUCACCAUAAUGUCGCACCUGCGACGUCAACACCUUACGUUCAGAACAGCUGGGAAACAACGCUGUUCACCAGACCACUUCGCUCACCACCAACUGUGAUCCGGGAAAUUGAAAAGGCCUGGGAAAUAGAGCAUUGUACUGUUCCUCGGUACACUAAGCGCGAUGUGCCUGAUGCUACAGAUGGCCCAGAGAUAAAGUGGGUGAUUCACAAAAGCCAGCACCAUGGACCACAAAACAUUGAAGAUUGUGAUGUUUGUGGACUAGCGGUAGUCGAAGAGUUGUGUACAAGUUGUCGCAUUGGAAUCUUCACUACAUUGGACAAUUCCGUGCAAGAAACAUUUGAAAGCCCUUCCAGCAGCAGCGUGACUCCUCCCAGCCUGAAGUACAAAGACGUGUUAAUUUUGUCAAAGACUCAGCUUAGUGAAGACGCCGGCAUUCUGAAGCCUUUCUCAGAAAAAGAAAUCCCCGUGCGCGUGAUGAGGGAUUGUGACAUCGAGGACGUUGCCACAGCCUCCAGUGAUGUCGUGUGGGCUGCAAGACAACACCUUGUCCAAGGUCUAGAAAGGAAGGUUGUUGUCUGUCUGGAUAAUUACGAUGACAUUAUGGGGCAGUACCCGUUCUCCCGACUUUACACAAUGUCAAGAUGUUCAUCGCAGCUGAUUGUCGUGUGCCCGCCAGCAUGAUCUUGUUCAGACAGUAAAUACACCUGUCAUAUUACCGCUCAUGCUCCAAAUGAUCCAUGCUAUUUCAGCUGUAAAUAACCUUAGGGAUCAUUGCAUGCAUACCUUUUUAACUCUAAGAAAAGUUGAUUACAGUUAAUCAGGAUAACAGCAGAGUAUAUGCGGCUAUUUUUAGACCUUAGGCGAGCAAGAGGAGCAAGACAACCAUAUGACUUAAAUGGAUUGUAAAGGCAAAAUCAAACUGCUUAGAAUCUCGUAAAGAAAAGUAUCAAUUUGAAUCUCGUCUGUUUUCGUGUCUGUUCAUGUGAAACGUGUUGAAGGUUUUGUAGAAUUUUGUGUGUAAUAAGAGAAAGUACACUUGCUUUGACGAUGUCUCGUUUUCCUUAUGACAUAUGCCCAACACUGCUUACCAAGUAAAACAGACUGUUUUUAUAAUUUUUAUAACUAUGCUUUGAAACGUUCCCAUCCGGUGUGUGUGUGUGCAUAAGGAAAUAAUUAGCACGCUAAACGUAACUUCAUUCUGUGGACACAAUAUGACUUGUUUAGUCCUACCUGCUUUGUCCGUUGACUGCUGGAACAUUUUCCUCGUCCUCCGAUGAUGCUCAGUCGACGACAGUGUGAGCUGGUGCAAUUGGUUCAAACUGAUAUGGUUGGACAUCAUCCAUAGUCAUUUUGAUUGUUAAUAAUUUUGGAUAUCACCGAUCGUGAGUUAAAAUCCUAGCUAUGAUCACUGACACUUCCUAUCUCGGUCAUACGUCACACGCAAGCUCGUCCGCUAACCGUCUCGGGAAGAUAUCGCGGUUACUAGGCGGAAGGACAUAACGGUCGAUUUCACUGGAUUUUUUUGAUUUUGAUAAACAUGGGUAACCGAAAUAGUGCUAGUAAGUGGUAAUAAAGUGAAAAACGAAUCAUUUAUUUCUUCUGCAUUGCUCUCGUGCAUUGCAAUCGAAACAAAAUAUAAUUUUUAAACGUUUUAACCGUCACCGCAGCCAUAUUAUAGCCUUAAGUAUACCUUUAAUGUGCAUAAUGUUUUCCUUUGCUAGAUACUUCAUCUAUUUUAUUUCCCUUCUACACGGUGUUCAUUGCACACAGAGACAAUGGGUAUUAUUUUCAGCUCCAUAGAUAGAGUAGCAGCAGCAGCAGUAGUAGUAAAUAAAAUAAAACAACUAGCAGAGUUUUAACAUAGCACACAAGAGAAAAUAACUGCCCCAGAAUAUUUGUCUUUGGGAUACACCUAGAGUGCCUGUUCAAGCUGUCAUAAAAACUGGGGUUUUUCUAAUUAAAAUGAAAUACUCGAUUCUGCAAUAAAAUACAAGCAAUCAUUGGGGUUAAGGGAUCUGCAGAUUACAAUAUAACCAGUGUAAAAGUUAAGGUUUCCUGUUGGAAAGAAAAUAAUCUGCUUCUGGAAAAGUAGGUAACUGGUGCACUUAAUCCGUGACUUUUGAAAAAGUUAAUAGGUAGACGUGAUCUACUCAUCUCUUCUACAACCAGCUUUAGUCAGUCAUACAUGACUGAAGGUGCACAAAGCUGUGUGGGGUAAUCACUUAUGCAUGUGAAGUGGGAAAGGUAUCCUAUAGUAACAUUAAAUAAUAAAAAGUAAACAACCAAAUUCAGAAAAGAACCUUGUCAAUAUCGUUCUUAACUUUGUUCAACAUAGACCAUAUGUACAUAUAAUAUGUGUAUCAUUGCUUGUAUGUUAAGACAGUUAUGCAUUUAUGUUAAAUAGGGAAGUAUGCAUUAUGCAUAUAUGCAUGUAUUGUUGUACAUAUAUAUGCUUAUGUAUGUAUGACUUAUGUUUUCAUUUCUGGAUGCCUGUGAUAUGCAGAUUAUUCCCAUGUGCAUAAGUUCAUUAUGCAGUUCUCAUGUAUUUAUAUAUUGAUGCAUGGAUCAUGAGCACAAACAUUGCACUUUUAUGCAAAUGCAUGCUUAACUGUCUGUGCUUAUGUGCAUGCAAUGUGUAUGCGUAUGGACAGAGGUCUUUCUCCUUCCAAGCCCUAUCAACUCGGAACGGAUUAUCCAUUAGUCUUUGUCCCUCUAAUUUUCUUACCACCAUUAAAUCCAAACUUCUUUUCAGAACAACUUCACUGUGACCCUAUCCUGACCCAGAGUGUGCAUAGCUAUCUAUCUAUCUAUUCC